AUGUCAAAGGUCGGAUCUGCUGCUACUCAUUGGAUAAGCUGUGAUAUAGUAUUGAUCAAUGCGGAUCAACAAUGGAAAUCUCAAAAUGGAACGAUGCCUGAAUCUGAAGUCUGUCAUUUCGAAACAGUAGCUGAAUUAGAUACAGGUUCGUCUGAACUCGGAUUACCACCAGAAGUCAUACAAAAACUGAAAUUAGUGACACUAGGCUCACCAAUUGAAAUUGAAUCACCACUCGAUGGAAAGAAGACGGAGGUAGCCGUCUUUGGACCUGUAAUAAUUGAUUUUUGUGGAAAACAAAUAGCAGUACCAGUCCAUGAACUUAAACAUACUCGUCGAGUGUUAUUAGGUUUGGAACCGGCUCAACGAUUAAAAAUCGAUGUAGAUUGGAUUCAUUCUAAGUUGGAAUUGUUAUGCAUGAUGAAUGAGUUUGAACGUCAUAUACGUGGUAUUCAAGAAAUAUUAGAACAAAUUGAUCUUGAUUAUAGUCGAAUGGUAAGAGACUUUUCUAAAUUAAUCAGUACUUAUAAAGAUGAUGUAUCGAAUUUGGAAAAUGUAUUUAUUAAUGCGACAACAAGUCAUCGUCUUUUAAAAUUGCAAGAACGUUUUCAAAAUUAA